CUCCACAUUAUUUUAUUUCCACCACUACUACUUAAUUCAUUUUCCUUACUACCUUCCAAUUGCGUCUAGAACAACAAAUAAGUUCCAUGAUUCCUCUAUAGAACUUGUAAUAAUUUACAAUUAAUUCAAUUUUCUUAGUAGCUUCCAGUUGCUUCUAGAACAACAAAUAAGCUUCCGCCAAAAUUUCACUAUAGAACUUGUCAUUCAGUACCAAUUAAUAAAAUAAUAAUAUUUCAAUUUUCUUAGUACCUUGUAAUUGUUUCUACAACAACAAAUAAAUUUCCAAAAUUUCUCCGUAGGAUUUGUAGGUUACAAUUCAUUCAACUUCCUGAGUAGUUUCUAGUUGGUUCUAGAAUAGAAGUUUUCAGAAAUUUCUUUCAAUUAGAAUUUGAAAAUUUGAUUUUGUGAAGCGAAAAUGAGUGAAAAUGGCGGAAGAGAAGAGGUGAAAAUGGAGGAAGAGAAGGUGUAUAAGGUUUUAAUGUGGGGAUAUUUACCCGGAGUAUUGUCACAUAAGUCGCCGUUAACUUCUCCGGUGGAAGUUCAGUUGCCAGAGAAUGCAAUUGAUGAUCGAUCAUGGAAGGAUGUUUGUGGUGGAGGUUGUGGUUUCGCCAUGGCUAUUUCAGCAGGGUCUGGGAAACUUAUCACGUGGGGUUCUGCAGAUGAUCAAGGUCAAAGCUACUUGACUUCAGGAAAACAUGGGGAGACUCCAGAACCCUUUCUGCUUCCAACUGAAGAUCGAAUCAUGAAAGCGGCAGCUGGUUGGGCACAUUGUGUAUCUAUUUCAGAAAAGAAUGAUGUGUACACAUGGGGCUGGAAAGAAUGUGUGCCUUCUUCCAAGGUUGUUGCAAAUUUCGCUGCUGGAGGAAGUGUUGAAGGGGAUGCUUUUCGGAAAGAAUCAGUAUUAAUUGACCAAGAGAGUCCUCGGUCUCAAGGCUCUAAGUCAGUUGGUGGUUCAGUUGCUCACCAAGAUAAUAAAAAACCUGAAGAAACUGCAAAAAGGAGAAGAAUAGCAACGGCUAAACAAGAACUUGAAAGCCCACCCCCGGCUGACGAAUCUCUUUCUGCACCACCUUGUAUUGUAGAACUGGAUCCAGGGGUGAAGAUAACCUCCGUUGCUGCAGGAGGGCGCCACACAUUAGCAUUGUCAGAUGUGGGACAGGUAUGGGGUUGGGGCUAUGGAGGUGAAGGACAGCUUGGUUUAGGCUCCAGGAUUAAAAUAGUGGCUUCUCCUCAUCUUAUACCAUGUCUGGAUGCUUCUUUACAUGGGCCGGACCAGAGUCUUGGGAGUCCUCAAGGAAGCAUUACCACAGGGAGUCAGAAACGUAAAGCUUUGGGGAGCUACAUAAAGAGAAUUGCUUGUGGUGGCCGGCAUAGUGCAGUAAUCACAGAUGCUGGGGUGCUGCUUACAUUUGGCUGGGGAUUGUAUGGGCAGUGUGGACUAGGGAAUACAAAUGACGUGCUGAGGCCAACUUGUGUGUCUUCUCUAUUGAACACUAGAAUAAAAGCUGUGGCAGGUGGACUAUGGCAUUCUGUGUGCUUAUGUGAGCAUGGGCAUGUGUAUACUUUUGGGGGAAAUCAGUUUGGCCAAUUGGGUCUAGGCACAGGCACUGACCAUUCAGAGACAUCACCUAGGCUUGUGGAUGCCUCAAUACUGGAAAACAAGAAUGCCAAGUUAGUGUCUUGUGGAGCUCGUCAUAGUGCCAUAAUGACAGAGGACAGCAAAAUUUAUAGCUGGGGAUGGAACAAGUAUGGUCAGCUUGGCCUAGGUGAUACAGUUGACCGUAAUGAUCCCUGUGAGGUAUCCAUCGAUGAUUGUAGACCGAAGGAUGUAGCCUGUGGGUGGUGGCACACACUUUUACUUGCUGAAAGGCAUCCAUGAUGGAUCUCCCCGUUAGUUGGAGAGAGCUUCUAUAGUUAAAAACAAAAAAAAAGUAACCCACUGACAGCCAUUUGCUCAAGGUCAGGGUGUGCCAUGCACCUGGAUUUGAUUGCUUGAGUCUCAGAUAUAUUUUCAGGAUUCUGGAGACCUUGUUAGAGCUGUAGUAUUUGUUGAACCAUGUACAGUAUGCUUGAUUGUAACAUAUAUUCAACUCACCUAUUCUCUUGAGUUGGAAGCUGAUGGAUGCCAUAGUUCUAUGGACUUAUUUGAUGUAUGGGAAGCUCUUUUCCUCUUUUAAGUA